CGCAGGCGGGGUUUGGGGGUUGUGGUCUAGAUUAAAGAAAACAGGAGGACGGUAAAGUUGUGUGUGAGUUUAUGUCCAGCUGCGGUGAACAUGCUGCUGCUGCUGCUGCUGCUGCUGCCGGGGGGCGCCCAGACUCAGCGCGUGCUGGGAAAGAAAGAGGGCAGCUCAUGUCAGUGUGAGGUGAACUCCACCUGGUGGUUGUUUCCUGCCGGGAAGUUCGAGGCGACGCUGCAGCAGGUGCAGACCUGCGAGGCCAGUGUGAUCAACCUGCUGUCACAGGUGAUGGUCUCCAACGAGAGUCUUCCUGACAUCCAGGCCCAGAUGGAUAACGCGACGGCCCGCCUGCAGCCGUUCCAGUACCUGCGCCAUCAGGGCCUGUACACAGCGCUGUCCCUCCGCAAGCUAGGCCAGGAGCUCAGCCAGCUGGAGGCCGAUAUCGGCACCAUUCACAGGCAGCAGAACACCGCCCAGACCCAGAAACUCUCCACUGAGGUGGAAAAACUGCAAAACGACGUGAGUCUGAUGCACAAUGCAGACAUAGUUAACAUGAGGUCUGUCAGAGAAAAGGUGCGUUACCUGAAGAACAGCGUCCAGUCCUGCAAAACAAUCCCCAAAGACUUUGCAAGUCAGAGUAGGUACUGCCUGAAGGGCCUGAUGAAGCGCAUCAGUGACCCAGUCGCUACAAAAAUCAGCCCCUAUGGAAAGAGCUACAUCUCUGGUUCCUGGGGCAAACAGGCAAAGAUGGACAGUGAGGGACAAAAGAACAGUUACUGGGUUCAGCCUCUGAUGAGCAGCCACAUUUAUGGAAACACGCUACGCGUUUACCAGAACCUUGAGGACUUCAUGUCUUCCUCCAGACACAGAGACUUCACCUUUGCUCCAUCCUACACCCAUUCCAACUCGAUAGAAGGUCCCAGUGCUGUACUGUACGGUGAGGCUCUGUACUAUCACUGCUACCGCUCUCCAGACAUCUGCCGCUACGACCUGAAUACCAACGCCAUCAAACGAGCUAAACUUCCAGGAACCACAGAUGAAUACAACAACAAGUUUCCCUACUGUUACUAUGACUGCCGCAGCCACAGCGAUGUGGACAUAGAGGCAGACGAAACUGGACUGUGGGCCAUUUACGCCACCAUGAGUAACCAUGGUAACCUUGUGGUGAGCAAGUUGGUUUGGGACGAGGACGCUCAGAUGCUCAACGUGACACACACAUGGGAGACAAGACUAUUCAAGAAGGCAGUUAGUAAUGCUUUCAUGGCAUGCGGCGUGCUGUACGCCACUCGUUACGUCAAUGAAGACCAAGAAGAAGUCUUCUACGCCUUUGACACUGCUACUGGGAAAGAGGACAACUCCAUGGCCAUGCCAAUGCAGAAGGUAGCUAAAGGCAUGGCCAGCCUGAGCUACAACCCAACCAACAAGCAGAUCUACAUGUACAAUGAUGGAUACCUGCUGGCCUAUCAGGCGCACUUCUGAACGCAGGCUUACAUAAACACAACACUUGACUUGUUCAUGAUACUGUUAGACAGAAAUGUUUAUGUUGUGUUUAUAUGUCAAAUCAGUAAUAGUUUUUUGGUAUGGUAUCAUUUUUAUUUUUGUUCUUUAAAAUAAUUCAUUAAAAACAUUGGUUUAUAAAUA